ACGCACCUUCUUGUAAACCCACCCAGAACCUCCACCUCCGACACCAUGGUCAACUCCUGUUGUGGCUCUGUCUGCUCUGAGGAGAGCUGUGGCCAAGGCUGCUGCCAGCCCAGCUGCUGCAGGCCUAGCUGCUGCUGUGUGUCCAGCUGCUGCAGACCCAGCUGUUUCAGGCCCCAGUGCUGUCAGUCUGUGUGCUGCCAGCCCACCUGCUGCCGCCCUUCCUGUUGCAUUUCUAGCUGCUGCAGGCCUUCUUGCUGCCGCCCCAGCUGCUGUGUGUCCAGCUGUUGCAGACCCAGCUGCUGUCAGUCAGUGUGCUGCCAGCCCACCUGCUGCCGCCCCAGCUGCUGUGUGUCCAGCUGCUGCAGACCUCAGUGCUGCAUCUCCAGCUGCUGCCGCCCCAGCUGCUGUGUGUCUAGCUGCUGUAGACCUCAGUGCUGCAUCUCCAGCUGCUGCCGCCCCAGCUGCUGUGUGUCCAGCUGCUGCAGACCUCAGUGCUGCAUCUCCAGCUGCUGCCGCCCCAGCUGCUGUGUGUCCAGCUGCUGCCGCCCCAGCUGCUGCAGACCCCAGUGCUGUAUCUCCAGCUGCUGCCGCCCCACCUGUUGCCAGACCACCUGCUGCAGAACCACUUGCUGCCGCCCAGCAUGCUCUAGUGGUUCUUGCUGCUGA